UGGUAGUGGGAGAUAAGGCUGGGUCAUCUCGAGCUACUCUUUUUCUUAUUGUUAUCAUUAUUGCUCCAAUUUGUUUUUUUGUAUGAGUCACAAAUUGUACACCUCAAUUUCACAAAUCCCAUUAUCUGCCAUUUUGCUCUUUCGACUUUUUUAUUAUUAUUAUUAGUUUGACCCAAAAGAAAAUAUAAAAAAAAGUUUAGCAAUUUUCAUUUUUCUUGUCGGCAAAAGACUAUUUUCCACAAUUUUCGAGUUUUUAAGACACUGAAACAAAAAGUCUACAGCGAUUUAUCCGCCCAAUCCCAAAUCCUUCGAUCAAAGGCCAAUGAAAAUUAACUAGUACCCACAAUAUUCAUUAACGCAACUGUUCCACCAAACUCAAAAAACCCAGUUCGAAUUUUUCCUUUUUUUGUUUUUUUUUUUUUGUUUUUUUUUUUUGGUGUGUUUAUCUGGGGUUCUGUUCUAUCCUCUUUCACUUCCAAUUUCACCGUGCUCUGCUUUUCAACUGUUGCAAUGGCUUUCUUCUUUGGCCUUGUGUGUGGAGUUCUUUUCGGGUUUGCUCUUGUCGUUGGCUUUGUUAAGUCUGAGAAUUCCCGGUCUAAGGGUCGGUCUCAACUGGCCACCACCAUUGCUGCUUUUGCAAGGAUGACAGUGGAUGAUUCGAGAAAGAUCUUACCUUCUGAGUAUUACCCUUCUUGGGUUGUCUUCUCUCAUCGCCAGAAGUUGAAAUGGCUGAAUGCUCACCUUAUGAAGAUCUGGCCCUAUGUUAACGAGGCAGCGUCUGAGCUGAUAAAGACUUCAGUGGAGCCAGUUCUUGAACAAUAUAGACCGAUAAUAUUAUCAUCACUCAAAUUUUCCAAGUUUACUCUUGGUACGGUGGCACCACAAUUUACAGGAGUUACUAUUGUUGAAGAUGGAGGUGAUGGUAUUACUAUGGACUUGGAAAUGCAGUGGGAUGGAAAUCCGAAUAUUAUACUUGAUGUUAAAACUAGGCUUGGUGUUGCAUUGCCUGUUCAGGUGAAAGAUAUUGGAUUUACAGGAGUUUUCAGGUUAAUAUUCAAGCCUUUGGUUGAUGAGUUCCCUUGUUUUGGAGCUGUUUGCUAUUCUCUGAGGGAAAAGAAAGAUUUGGAUUUCAAACUCAAAGUUAUAGGUGGUGACAUAUCCACUGUUCCUGGGCUUUUUGGUGCAAUUGAUGGAGUGAUACGUGAUGCUGUUGAAGAUUCAGUAACAUGGCCUGUUCGAAAAGUUGUUCCCAUUUUGCCUGGGGAUUACAGUGACCUUGAGCUAAAGCCAGUAGGGGUAUUAGAGGUGAAGCUUGUGCAGGCGAAGGGGUUAACAAAUAAAGAUAUUGUUGGAAAGUCAGAUCCUUAUGCCAAAUUGUACAUACGUCCUUUACGUGACAGAACAAAGACCAGCAAGAUAAUUAACAACGACUUGAAUCCAAUCUGGAAUGAGCACUUUGAGUUUAUUGUUGAAGAUUUAUCCACUCAGCAUUUGGUGGUAAAAAUUUAUGACGACGAAGGUGUUCAGGCAUCUGAGCUCCUUGGAUGUGCUCAGAUACAUCUGAGAGAACUUCAGCCUGGUAAAGUGAAGGAUGUAUGGUUGAAUCUGGUUAAAGAUUUGGAGGUUCAAAGAGAUACUAAAGAUAGGGGGCAGGUGCACUUGGAGCUGUUGUACUAUCCGUUUGGCAUGUCAAAUGGCUUUACCAAUCCUUUUGCUUCCACUCCUUCAAUGACUUCCUUAGAGAAGGUUCUUAAAAACGGAGUGAAUGGAACGGAAACUACUGAAACAGAAAAUGAAUUCACACAAAAGAGAAAGGAGGUUAUAGUUAGGGGUGUACUUUCUAUCACGGUCAUAUCUGCUGAAGAUUUGCCAGCUACUGAUUUUAUGGGAAAGGCCGAUCCUUAUGUGGUACUCACCAUGAAGAAGACAGGACUGAGAAACAAAACUAGGGUUGUGAAUGAAAGCUUGAAUCCUGUCUGGAAUCAAACUUUUGACUUUGUUGUCGAGGAUGGAUUACAUGACAUGUUAAUUGUUGAAGUCUGGGAUCAUGACACUUUUGGAAAGGACUAUAUGGGAAGAUGCAUCAUAACACUCACAAAAGUUAUAUUAGAAGGCGAAUACAAAGAGUGCUACCAGCUAGAUGAGUCGAAAACUGGAAAAUUGAAUUUGCAUCUCAAAUGGAUGCCACAGCCAAUUUACCGUGAGUCUUGACUGAGCCCUGUUAUACAAACCGAUGGUAAAUCCUUAGGUUGAGGUGGAUAUACUAUCUACCAUAUAGAUUUUAUACAGAGGACAUGGAAGAGGCAAGUUCAUAAUCAAAUAAGUCUCGGAUCAUGUGUCUGUGGUGGCAUCAAAACUAAUGGUGUAUAUAAUUGUUUCAUAACGCCAGGCAUUAUGUAGUGAAAGAGUUUCACAUAAAAGUGCAAUUUUAAGGUGAGGUUACAAUGUUUUGCUUCGUGGAUUGUGAACUUUGCCAGAUUAUUAACUUAAAAGGUGUUUCUAUCA